AUGUCAACCCCGACCCUCUAUGUAACAUUUAUCCGCCACGGCGAGUCAACGGACAAUGUACGAAGCGUGUGGGCAGGCUGGAAGGAUGCACCUCUGACGAACCACGGUAUGAACCAAGCCCUUGCGUGCGGUCAAUCCUUGUCGACGACGAAGUUCGACGCAAUCUAUGCCUCACCGCUCAAGCGCGCAUACUCGACUUCGCGCGCCGUAUACGACGCUCAGCCUGACCCGAAGCCAAGCUUCACAGUGUCGCCUCUCAUCCGGGAGCAGCACUUCGGAGUUGCCGAGGGACAUUCCUGGCAGAUGAACCAGGAGAAGGGUCUCUCGCUUGAAGACCACUUCGCGAAGGGCAUUUACCCCGUGCUGUACGGCGACGAGGAGAAGUUCCCUGAGGGAGAGAGCAGCAAUGAUCUCGGGGACCGCGCGAGGCAAGCAAUCAACGAGCUCGUCAUGCCUCACAUCUGGGAGGCCGCGCGCGCUGGAAAGAAAGGCGUGCAUAUUGCGCUUGUCAGCCAUGGCUUGUGUAUCAGCCACCUCAUCUCGGAGUUGCUGCAGAAGAACGACGGUGGUGCGCCGAAGGGCGAUUACAGGGGUUUGAUGAACACGGCGUGGUCUCGAGUCACCGUCGAUAUCCCAAUCUCAAAGGAGGGGACGCCUCUGGACAUUCAGGACGGCGAUUUGCCGCCCUUACUCAUUAAGGUCACGCAUGUCAACCAGCACUCGCAUAUUGAUGGCAUCAAACGCCAGAAAGGCGGUAUAGGCAGUGCUGCGUUCGACCCGAAGCAAGGAGACAUCCGCGCUUUCUUUGGCGGCAAGACCGACGUGCUGGAGCAUGCUGAGAGUAACGCGCAUGAUGAGGUGGACACAAAAGAGCCUGCGUCGUCUCUGUGA